CAUGAUGACAGAACAAAACACGAAACGCUCGAUGACACACGAGACUGACUGACAAAAAAAAUUAAAGAUUAUUGUUCAGGAUUCUUCCGCUUAGGUGUUUUCUUGAAAUUAAACGUAUUUUAGUGCAGAUUUCCAUUUGAAAAAGUACCAAAAUGAUGCAAUUUAUGUUGCUAUUUAGCCGACAGGGCAAACUACGGCUGCAGAAGUGGUACGUCGCCCACCCGGACAAGGUAAAGAAGAAGAUUACCCGCGAGCUGAUCACCACGAUUCUGUCCCGGAAGCCGAAGAUGUGCUCGUUCCUCGAGUGGAAAGACUGCAAGAUCGUUUAUAAGAGAUAUGCCAGUUUAUAUUUCUGCUGCGCUAUCGAGCAAAACGAUAACGAGUUGUUGACUUUGGAGAUCAUUCACAGAUAUGUUGAGCUGCUGGAUAAGUACUUUGGAAGUGUAUGCGAGCUGGAUAUAAUUUUCAACUUCGAGAAGGCAUACUUCAUCCUGGACGAGCUGCUGGUGGGUGGCGAGAUUCAGGAAACGUCCAAAAAGAACGUCCUCAAGGCCAUCGCGGCGCAGGACGUCCUCCAAGAGGACCUAAACGAAACCCUCAACUGAUAGUUACUGACAUUAUUCCCCACAUAGAUCUGAAAUUGCUUAAGGCGAGUUUUACAAUCCCUGUCUCUAUUGUUUCUCUCUUUCUUCGCGAUUUAUUUGAAUCUGAUAACGAUCAUGACACGACGAGAGCAGAGGGAGCCGGAUUCCUAGAGAAUAAUGCAAAAAAAAUGUCGAACAUUACUUAGAUUUAGGCAAUGACCGCUGCUAGCCCGCUGAACGUGUGCGUUGUUCCUUUUAUUCCGGUAAAUGUGUAGUCAAGUUACGUUCAUAAGUUCUGUUCAACUGUUACGUAUUUCGGCGGUAGAUCAUAGGAAAAGGUUGUAAAGUUACCAUUUAUUGGAUGCUGUAAAUAUACUGCCCCCUGAUUUGAAAACAAAAACCGGUGUCUCGUUGUUGGUUCUUGUGGCGGUCCGAGGGGUUUUUGUUUGCAAUAUUUGCUCCGAUAUUGCACACGCGCCGCUUCCUGUAACGACGACGUCAAGGUGCGCUAGCGGGGGUUGAUGGUCGCUUGCAAAAGUAUACGCAAAUGGAGGUAUGGUCACUUUUCGUUUUCAUUCUAUUUGGACUUGUUUAAAAUUUUGCUUUUUCCUAAACUUUUGCCAACUAAAAUAGCCCGUAUCGUAGUGAAAUUGGAACGCUUGUUGAAUUUCUUUGUUUCAGGUUUUAGAUGAGGAAGAUUAUUUUUGGAUUUACUAACACAAAGAAACACACAAACACAUACAAUCACCAACUUAAGGCGCGUGUUGAUUGUUUUUUCCCCCAAAUUUCCGCCUUCUGCUCUAUUGUUCUAAUGAUUGAUUGAUGUCACAAUGGCCGAAACGAGUGGAAAGUGUGGAAAGAGUGGAAAUCCGCGCUAGGUUUGUACAGUUUUCAGCGGAAGAAAAUGCAACAGUCUAACAAUAAUUUUUGUUUUUUUUUGUUAUUUUAUUAGUUUAUUAGUUUUGCCUUUUUUCAGUUUUGCAUUCUUUUCAAUUUAUUUUGUUUCUACUGACAACAUAUUAAUAAACACAUUUUGAACAUGACGAACUUUUCUCUUGUUUGAAUAAUAAUCAAUUUUUGAUAGGCUUAGUUAGUCUUAAGCGAAAUAUUAUGUUCAUCGUUUGAAAGAAUCAACGUAAAAAUCAAACUGCAUUUGUGCCUAAAAAAAUUAUAGUGGAGUUGCAUUUCCUAGGAUUAGUUAAGAGAAUUCAUCAGAAUAAAUAAUAUAAUAGUCCAUAUUAGAAUAAAGAAAUACACCUCAGCAACACUGAUACACAGUAAUA